AUGGCAAGAGGUCUUUUGAUACUGGUAGAAGGUUUGGAUCGUACUGGUAAAUCUACUCAGGCUUCAAUUUUACUAGACAAAUUGAAGCCUAAUGCAGAGCUGGUUAAAUUUCCCGAUAGGACAACCCCCAUUGGCCAAUUGAUUAACAGAUACUUAACAGAUGAGAGUUUCCAACUUCCAGAUCAAUCAAUUCAUCUUUUGUUCUCUGCAAACCGUUGGGAACUGUCUCAAAGCUUGCAAAACACUUUACUCAGUGGAAAACAUGUUAUUAUGGAUCGUUAUGUGUAUUCAGGAAUUGCAUAUUCACUGGCCAAGGGUAUAGAUGGAAUGGAUUUUGACUGGUGCAUUCAACCUGAUAAAGGAUUGAUCAAACCUGACCUGUUGUUCUUCCUAUCCAACAGAGAUUCACUUGAUACUGCUUCCAGAGAAGGAUUUGGCCAAGAAAGAUAUGAAAGUUUAGCAUUUCAAGAAAAGGUUAGAGAUCAAUUCUAUCGUGUACUUGAGCGUUUGGAGAAUUACUCACAAGGGACAGACAGCAAUCGUCUCCAAAUGAUUAAUGUGACUAACCAAUCCAUUGAUCAAGUAUCUAUAACCAUUUGGGAAAUAGUCAAUCGUAAAUUACAAAACGAACCCCCCACGGAUUUUGCAUUUUUCUAA